GCGAGGUCGUCCUUUCGAGCCCCAUCAGAUGGAGUGGGAGCAGCAGGCCGUCAUCCGGCUGUCUCCCGACUUCGAUGUGACCAGCCACGCCGAGUGCCGCCGCGCCGUGCUCGCGUGGCUCGCACAGCAGUCCAUGGAAGCAAAGAUGAAGAUUGGCCGCUCAGCUGGUGAGCACGUGGCAGUGUAUGCGUAUUGCCAAACGCAUAAAGACUGUCCUCGCAAGUGGCGUCAUAUCUUCCAACUCACAGAAGACGGCGCCAAGGAGCACAUCGUCCACGUCAACGGCAACCACGCCACGGAGCCCAGGCUGGUUCGAGGCACUGCAGUGGCAGUGCGUCGGCAGGCAGACGCAUUGACCGAAGCCAACACGCCAAUGCAGGCCAUGGUGCAGCUGGCGGCGCAAGGUGCAGAGAUGGAGACUUGGCCCUGCACAGCAGCCUUGGUGCAAUCUCGCCGGCGAGCCGUGCGGAAAAAGAGCGCGUCGGCAGAGUUCGGUGGAGGCACUGGCUUGGGUCAGUGGCUGGAGCACUUGCGCAAGAUCAACGAGGAUGGGAGCGUCUGGAGCACCGUGGUGCGCGAGGACGGAUGCGGCAUCGUCACCUGCCAGAAGUUCGCCGACGCUGCUGCAGCGAUGAUUGCUCAAGCUCGCGGCGGAGACCAUGACUACCUUGUCGGCGUGCAUGACUGCACGUACAAGGUCUUUUCCAGCGAUUGGGGCCUGUGGAAGUUCUGCUUGUGCGCGAAAAAGUACGACCGCGAAGGUAUUCCUCGAACCACUUUGGUGCAAGUAGGCUUGGGCUUUGUGCCCAAAGAAGGGCAAGAGCACAUGCUCACGGUGCUGCACCUCAUGAAGGAAUGGCACUCCUCGAAGAACAAUGACUUGAGUCAGUUUCUUCACCAGGUUCACGCUGACGAAAGCUUAGGUGGGCAAAACGCCUUGCGAAAGGCGUUCCCCAAGACUGUGUUCGUCUUAGAUGUCCGACACCAGGUGUCAUCCAACAUGAGGCGCGCCGGCUCCAAGAAAGAGGUGCGGGCAAUGGUGGCGGCAAACAUGCAGUUUGCGCUGAGUGCUCUGGGAUUCUCCAGGCCUUUGUUCAGCCUUUACAUUGACAGCCUCUUAGUGAGGUUAGUCGAGCUCGGAGAGCUGGACCUGGCGGCCUAUCUGCAGAAAGACGUGGUGGAAAAGGUGACUGUCGAAGGGAAAGAGAUGUGGACUUCGGCCUGCUGCUGCUUCAUCUCGCUGCUGGGGACUUCCGUGAAGUUCCAGUCCCACGAAGCGAAUCCUGGGAUGACUUCCACCACCAUUUCCCAAUCGCUCGAAGCUUCCUGGCAUCACAUGAAGAAGCUCUUGCCUGGCAACGUGGCAAAAAUGCCUGCUACAGAUGCUUUGAACCACAUCCUCAAAGCUACGGAGGCGUGGGAUUGCGCCAAGGGUUCCGCUCUCAAGCUCAAGCUGGGCGGUAUCUCUAGCCGCCUGGUCAGCGGCGAAGCCAUCUUCACGGAAAGGGUUAAAGUCCUUGACGAUCACCAAAUGAGGCUGCCGUGCGCACGCUUGCUGUGGCAAUCUUGCCCCGGCAACACGAAGAGCUUCGAGUUUGAUAUUGGUGAGGUCGGCGACGUCCGUCAAGCAUUUGUGCUCCCAGUCACAAAUGCCUCCAUGGUGGUGGACGAUGAUGUGGCUUGCUGCAUGGUGUCCCUGCUACGGCUCUGCGACUCUUCCGUGCAGAAGCACUUGGAGAAGUCGCCCGGCAUGUGGCACGAAGAGGCGGGGCGCUUGUCCCUCACCAAAGUCAAGGAAAUCUUGGCCAACGUGUGUGUAGUCACGCUAGUUGCUGGGCCUGAAGAAGUCCUCGACCGUCUCCGAUGCAGCUGUCUCUACUUUGCGAAGACUUCGAGAUGCAGCCACAUGGCUUUCGCAGCUUUCCUUCUGGGCCACCACAACGACUACUUCCAGGACCUGAUUGACUUUACCAGGAAAGAUGCUCCUAAACAGCCCCCUUCAGCCUGUGUCAAGCUGACCAGGAAAAAAUACAGCCGAGCUGCCAUUCCAUCAGCCGCUGCCUGGAAGCGCAUGGCCACGAUCUGCGCAGAAGCUUCUGAGAAGUACAACAAGCGACGAAAGACCGACAAGGGUGAAGCGCAAGCAGCUAUGGAAACGACACCGACCAAGCAGGAGCUAGCGGCGGGAAAGAACAAGGAUCCCCGCGCGCUAAGCUUGGAGACAAUCAGGGACAAGCUCGGAGCAAAGGAUUUCCACAGCAACUUUUCAGGAAUGCAUCUUUGCAUCAAGCAUGCUGUGACAGUCCAAGAAGCCAAGGAGCACGGGCUCGGAAAGAUGAUCCUUGGCCUCAAGCACAAGACCACUAGCGCUCCCACCAAGGCGCUCGCAAACCAGCUCUUGCAAGCAUGGGUGGUGGAGACGCGUGCGUCCGCUUCUUCGGCCAAAUCUAGCAGCUGA